AUGGGCGCCGGGACGGAGCCGGCAGAGGCGCGGCGCGACGCGUCGGAGGGGAGGGUCUACCUGGACCACAACGCCACCACCCCCCUGGCCCCCGAGGCGGCCCGGGCCGUGCGGGACGCCAUGCGCCAGGCCUGGGGCAACCCCAGCAGCUCCCACCCGGCAGGCAGGAAGGCGAAGGAGCUCAUCGGCGGCGCCCGGGAGAGCCUGGCGAGGAUGUUGGGGGGCCGGCCGGAGGACAUCGUCUUUACCUCGGGGGGCACGGAGGCAAACAACAUGGUGAUCCACAGCGCUCGCCGGCACUUCCACGAGAGCCAGGCCAGGCCGGGGGACAGCUGGGGGACGCCGCACAUCGUGACGUCGAGCGUGGAGCACGACUCGGUCCGCCUGCCGCUGGAGCAGCUGGUGAAGGAGAGCCUGGCGGAAGCUACCUUCGUGCCUGUGUCCCCACGAAGCGGGCGGGCUGAGGUGGACGACGUCCUUGCCGCCAUCCGGCCGACCACCUGCCUGGUUUCCAUCAUGUUGGCCAAUAACGAGACUGGGGUCAUCAUGCCUGUCGCGGAGCUGAGCCAGCGUGUCCGUGCCCUCAAUCAGCGGAGAGCAGCAGAGGGGCUGCCCAGGAUCCUGGUGCACACGGACGCGGCGCAGAUGAUUGGCAAGGGGCGCGUGGACGUGCAGGAGCUGGGGGUGGACUACCUCACCAUCGUGGGACACAAGUUCUACGGCCCACGGAUUGGCGCGCUGUACGUGCGUGGCCCUGGCACCAACACCCCACUGCACCCCAUGCUCUUUGGAGGGGGACAGGAGAGGAGUUUCCGGCCAGGCACUGAGAACACCCCAAUGAUCGCUGGCCUUGGGCAGGCUGCAGAGUUAGUGAGCAAGAACUGGGAGGCCUACGAGACUCAUAUGCGGGAUGUUCGGGAUUACCUGGAGGCCAGGCUGGAGGCCUCCUUUGGGAAACAGAGGAUCCACCUCAACAGCCACUUUACGGGCUCCAAGCGACUCUGCAACACCUCUAACUUCUCCAUCCUGGGUCCAGGCCUUCAAGGGCGAAGGGUGCUGUCUUGCUGCAAGACGCUUCUUGCCAGCGUUGGGGCUGCCUGCCACUCUGAGAAAGGGGAUCGGCCCUCCUCAAUUCUGCUCAGCUGCGGGAUCCCCUACGACGUCGCGCAGAACGCGUUGCGCCUGAGUGUGGGGCGAGACACCACUCGGGCAGAUGUGGACCUGGUUGUGCAGGACCUCGUGCAGGCUGUGGCGCAGCUGGACCAGGACCAAGCCCAGUAGACCCUGGGAAUUGUUCCCCGGCCACCACGCAGGUUCUUAGCUCUGCUCAGCCGUAUAUCGGCUUACGCUCACAGGGAUCACAGCGGGGCUGGCACGGCUCUGCAGCAUGUGCAGCUCAAGCAGAGAAGCUAGCGCAGGUGCUGGAGGCAGCAGGGAGCUGUGCUGAGGAGGGGGCUUUGCUGCUUUGGGGCUGGGGCAGGUCAAGAGCUUGCUCAGGACUCUGUCAUCCCCACUGCACGGUGCAGGCGUUCGGGGAGUCUUGCUGCUGGGUGCUCCUCGCUUGCCAGCACGUACCCAGCUGGCUGCACACAUGCGUGCGUGUUGGCACGACGGAGUCUCAAAGCUCGACUCCCUGCAGAGUGUAACAGGCAUGGAAGCCAUAGGAGAUGGAGCCUUUUGCCCUGGUUGUUUUCCACAAAGGAAGCUUUCCUGCUGUCUUAUCCCUCACAGGAAGAAAGACCAUCUGCCUCAGAGGGAAACGAGGAGUUGAUAGAAGCACAGCAAGAUGCUGGGCUGGGAACUGCCUGCCCCUACCAGGGCCCUAAGCUUCUAAAGGCUUUUUUUGGCUGGGAGGGUGUUGGGCACGGCUUUCCCAGCACUGUGUUGCAUGACCUGCUCCCCUUCCUCCUGUCCUUUCUACAGUGGGCAGAGCUCCUGUUGCCAGCUCCACGUGCUCCUAAAGGAAACAGAGUUGUUGGGGCAGCCAUAACUGCCAGCACCUGAGGAAACGUGUCUUCCCUGCGUGGCCCAGGUGGUCGCUCUCAUCACUGACACAGGAGGACACAAGUGUCACACAGAUUAGGAGCAUUGCCGGCUGGGCUGACUGAUGUCGGGGGACCUGGUCUCCCUGGGUAUUCAUGGGAAUAAAAGUGAUUGCUGCUGCCAUG